AUGGAGUCGUGUUCUUCAUUGGAUUGCGACCCGCAAAGCAUUGGAUAUCCAAAUAUAAAAUGCAAUCCGGGCGCAUCUUCAUGUCCAGGUAGAGAUAAAUGUGGAAAAUCGAAUAGAAAAUGCUACUGCACUACGACACUUUUUCCUAAACAAGAUCCAAUCAAAAAAGCUCGCAGAACUUUUGAAAAAGAAUUGCUACCUAUCAAUAAUAAUUUAUCAGACCUUCAGAACAAGGUGAGAUCAAUGUACAUUAAUGAAAUGAAUGAUUGCAUAUGCGGUGCUUUUAUUCCUGAUAAUCCUUUUCCUGACCCAAUGCAAACCUGCACGUGCGCAAAGUUUCUUGGACAACAAUCGACCGAUAAAAGAACUUGCGUAUGCCAAGAGGAAUCGCUGCCUACUUUUUCAUCAAAAAGUUCAAAAAUGACAUACUCUUCAUUUGUCGAUGAAAAUCAAGGUGCCCCAUGUGUGUGCGUGGGAGAUGUCCCAUUCGCAAGAUCAGGAAAAUCAACUAAAGGCAAAUCAAGACGUUCCGCAAAAAGAUCGAGGUCAAGAUCUAAGGGUAAAUCGGAAAAGAGCCACAGAACUUCAAAAAAAGGGAAAUCCAAAAAGUCUCAUAAAAGUUCUUCCAGAAAGAAAACAUUACAGGCGGAAGUCGAAGAGACUCCAGAAAGCAAACUGCCUCCUUUAACGGCAAGUCAACAAGAAUUAAUGUGCCGACGCUUGCUAGCAUUGGCCCGCAACAUGUUUUACAAAGGACCAAUUUCUCACUACCUAAAUCAAAAUAGUCCUGUAUAUUAUAAUAACAUUUGUGAUUGUCCUUCCAUGGACGCAUUGGCAGAUCCAAGAGAUAAAAAUCCCAAAAAAGAAGUUUGUGCAUUGACAACAACUGAUUUUCCAUUAAGACCUGGGCAGGCAGUGACAACAGACCCAGAUGAUCCAGCCUUAUUUGAAGAAAUUAAAUCUCAACCAGUAAGAAGAUCAAAAACAAAAGAACCUAAACCGAAACACAAAUCUCGAAAAUCUAAAAAUCCUUCGGUUAUUAAACUGAAAUUACGCUUGAAGAAAAGUAAAUCCGGCACGAGACGCCCAAAAAGAUCUAAGUCAAGACGUUCUUCGAGGCAUUCAAAAUCAUCAUAUAAUACUGGUAGUACUACAAAUAGUUCAAGAUCUUCGCGUAGCAGCAGUAAAGUUGGCGGAUGCAGAAGAAAGAAGUACAAAGACAAAAGCCGUGCUAAAAGAUCAAGCAGAAGCCGCAGUUCUCACAGUGGACGAAAUAGAGAAUCUCGAUCGAGUUUUUCUGGAGGUUCCAGUUGUGGUCGCAACCGUAAUGAUGGCCAAUAUAGAUAA